AUGAAGCCCAAUAAGUUGCUGACGCAGCUCAGGAACCAAUACCACGGACGCUCGAAAUACUACACGCAGUACAUACAACUAGCUAUAUCAAUAGCAGUAGACAUGCGCCUGGACCGCAAGCCUGUUGUCAGCGUACAAAAGAGAUAUGAGGACAAACGCGACCCUCUCGUGGUCGGUAGCCCAGGGACGCAAACGUGGGGCCCAGAAGAGCAGCGUGCAUCCGCAGGACUUUUCUACAUAUCCUCAACUAUCUCCAAAUUACUAGACAAGAUGAAUACAUAUCCUUGUACUCAGUCCAUCGAGGACGGAUGCUUGGCUUUAGGCCAGAGGGCAGAAUAUCGAACUGACAAAGAUCUGUACCACGUCAUACGGCUGCAGAACAUCAUCGAGAACAUAGAAAAACUGGCCAAGAGCACUGGGUCGGAGGCCGAUGCGGAGGAUGCGUAUCUACGUGUACGGUCGCAGCUGGAAGAGUUUCGAGCCUUCUUGAGCGUUGAUGUCAGCGAUAGUCAUCUCCUCUUCAUGCAAUUCCACACUGCAAAGCUCUUUCUCUUCCAGGUCGCCUUUUUCGAACGCAACCUUCAACAGUCACCCGCAAUGCAUCUUAACAUACUUUCCGAAGGUCUCGAAGGCGCAAAGGCGUUCCUAGAUCUUUACCUAUGGCUGCCGCCAAAGUCUGAAAUGACUCUCACCAAUCUGGAAUGGGUCCAACUCUCCUUCGGCGUAACCCAAGCCGCGAAGUUCGCCAUAGUGAGCAAGACGCCUACCGUAGAAGCGCAGACCCGCGACCUCAGGCACCGCCUGAAUAUCGAUCAUGUAUUCCGGCAUCUGUCCUUGCGCAUUGGCGCCCUUGUCGGCCGCUCAGGCGAAGGUGAUAAGCGCAAAGACAUCUUUUACCACUACGAGCAGCGCACGCGCAAGAUCCAAAACUGGUAUGAGAAAAUGACGCAAGCUGUGGAUGCCCACACGCCGGAAUCUCAGCAUGUGGGCGGCCAGCGGAACAUUUACCAGAGCUCGCCCCCGCACAUGCAGCCGCAGUCAGGCACACCCUCCUCGUACAAAUCUUCAAUCCAGCCCUCUCCCACACAAGCAACACCGCACUCGCAACAAUCCUCUCAAAGCCAUGUCCCCCUUUCCGCGACCCUCUCCCACCAACAACCCCUCCACAGCGCAGCUUCUCAGAACCAGCCUCUCCAAAGCAACAUCUUACCUCAUUUACCGGACCCCGCGUUCGACGCUUCCACGAGUGUGGGUAUGAUACCGAUGAAUUCGUAUUCGACGUAUGGCAAUGUACCCUCUAUAGCGUUCCCGGAUUUAAUGAAUGCGUCGGGAUGGGAUUCGCUGUUCGCUGUGCCGAUGGACGAUAUGGCGUGGCUCGUAGACCCGUCGCAGGGCUAUGGAGGUAUAAAUCAGACGAGUUCGCCAAGUGAGGGGGGAUGGUGA